AUGGGAAAUAAUAGUCUCUAGCCUCCCUUUGCAGAGACAAUUAUUUGCAUUGAGAAGAUGAUGAUGUGGCUUUCUACAUUGCUGUUCCUAUUGUUGCUGAACAAAGAGGGCUGUGCUGGUCUACUUCCGCCCCUGCAAGCAGCCUGUGUUUAUUCCAAAGGAUCCAUACCUCAAAGUUGCAAGGAAAUCAAAGAGAAAUGUCCAGAGUCAGAUGGGGAGUGAAGACAGGAUGGUCUGUACUUCCUCCAGAGUGGGAAUAGGAACAUCUACCAGACCUUUUGUGACAUGAGGACUGGGGGAGGUGGCUGGACCCUGGUGGCCAGUGUGCAUGAGAAUCACUUGGCAGGGAGGUGCACCCAGGGGGAUCGUUGGUCCAGCCAGCAAGGUAACAGAAAGGACUACCCUGAGGGUGAAGGAAAUUGGGCCAAUUAUGCCACCUUUGGAUGUGCAGAAGGUGCUACCAGUGAUGAUUACAAGAAUCCAGGUUAUUAUAACAUUCGGGCUGAGAAUCUGGCCAUCUGGCAUGUGCCCAACAAGUCUCCCAUGGAACAGUGGAAGAAUAGUUCCCUGCUGAGAUAUCGUACUUUCAGUGGCUUCUUAAAUAAUUUUGGAUCGAACCUCUUUUACCUCUAUACGGCCUAUCCAGUGAAAUAUGGGGCUGGUCGGUGUAAGGUUGACAAUGGUCCAGCUGUGCCUGUCAUCUAUGACUUUGGCAAUGCACAAAAAAAUGCCAAUUAUUACUCUCCAUUUAGCCAAAAUGAAAUAGUUGGAGGCUUUGUCCAGUUCCGGGUAUUUAAUGGACAAAAAGCAGCCAAUGCCUUGUGUGCUGGGAUAAAAGUCACUGGUUGUAACACUGAACAUCAUUGCAUUGGUGGAGGUGGAUUCUUUGAAGAAGAGGCUCCCAGGCAGUGUGGAGAUUUCUCUGCCUUUGACUGGAAUGGCUAUGGAACUCAUACUGAGGGUAGCAGCAGUCGGGAGAUAACAGAGGCUGCUGUGCUCCUGUUCUACAAAUGA